AUGAGCACGGCCGAGUCGCAGGACAUUGAGCAGGCCACAUCCGCCAUCGGCGCACCUGAUAGCAAAACCCGUCGUUAUGACCGACAGCUCCGUCUUUGGGCCGCUUCAGGUCAGCAUGCACUCGAAAAUUCCCGUAUCCUCGUCCUUUCCUCCUCCGCGACUGCCACCGCUGUCCUCAAGAACCUUGUUCUACCCGGCAUUGGCCACUUCACCAUCCUCGACUCGGCCAUCACCACCCCGGCAGAUGCUGGAAACAACUUCUUUCUUUCUGGUCUCGAGAGUGUUGGCAAGCCCCGCGCACAAGAGGCAGUCCAAUUGCUGUGCGAGUUGAACGAGAGCGUCGAGGGCGAAGCAGUCGUCAAGGACAUCAGCGACCUUCUUCAGACCGAGCAGGGGAGAGCGUACGUCAGAUCGUUCUCGCUCGUCGUUGCGCAUAACUUGCGAAAAGAUGUGUUGGACGGGCUCUCCCUCCUCUUGUGGAACGAUCUGUCCAACCCGCCCCUCAUCGUCGUGCGAUCGGCGGGCUUCCUUGCCGAGUUCUUCAUUCAGUUCCACGAACAGUGUGUUGCACAACCACACACUGACGAGACGCCCCCUUCGCUUCGCAUCACGAGGCCAUUCCCCGCCCUUCUUCAGUGGGCUCGCGAGCUCGAUUUCGACAAGCUGGAUCCAACCGAACACGGGCACGUCCCGUUUGUAAUUAUCCUUGUCCGUGCUCUUGACGACUGGCGGAAAUCGCACAACGGUGCGCCUCCGAGCACGUCGGCCGAUAAACAGGCUUUUAAAGCCGCUGUGCGCGAGAUGCGCCGCAAGCCCGACGAGGAGAACUUUGACGAAGCCGAAGCGCAGGCAUGGCGAGUCUGGCAGGAACCCGCGAUCCCUCGGGACGUAGAGGCGUUGUUCGCACUUUCUCCUUUAUCGUCCCCAGGGUUGGCAGCCACUCUCCCAUCAUCAAAGCUCACGCCGGAGACGCCCAAUGCUGCGUUCCAUGCGCUGCUUCGCACCCUGGACGCGUUUGCGCGGAGCGAUCGUGGGCCAGGCUGCCUGCCGCUCAGCGCCGCGCUCCCGGACAUGCGCACAGAUACGGAGAGCUAUGUCAAGCUACAGACAGCCUACAAGGAAUGGGCCGGGAUCGAGAAGGCACAUUUCAAAGAGCUUCUCGGUGAAAAAUUCCCAGAUAUUGCGCCACUCAUGACUGCCGAUCAGCUGGACACGUUUGUCAAGAACGCGCACCACAUCCGUGUGCUGAGAGGGACAAGGUGGGGCGAAUGGGAUACCGGAGCUGGGACGCUAGCGACAUCACUCACGACUUACGCUUGUGAGGCCGCGACGGCAACUCAUCUGGCUUUCUGUGCACUGUCCACGCUUCUGAACGACAACCCUGACGGAUCAAAUGUGACCGUCGAGUCUCUCAAGACGGAGAUCAGGAAGCUCGUUGGCGAGAACGUCGAAUUGCCCGAUGAAGUGGACGCUGCCGUUGGUGAGAUUGCCCGGGCACCGACUGCCGACAUGCCCAACGUGGCAGCGUUCCUGGGUGGGCUGAUCGCUCAAGAGGCAAUCAAGGUGAUCACGAACCAAUACGUGCCCGUUAAGGGGUACUGCGUCGUGGACCUGGUAGACUCGUGGACGAGCAUCAUUGGGCAGUGA